GCAAAGCAAUCAAAGUUAAAAUAUCAUUUGACACAGUAAAAUAUUCAGUUCGAAUCGUAGUCAUUUGGAAGUCAGACAUGCCGGCUGUGUACAAAAGAUUAAUCAAAGAACCUUCCGAGGAUCCAAGUCCUGAGGAAUCCAACAUGAUCUUUUAUUGCAUCUGCGGAGGAAGCCAUAAAGAGGAAUUUAUGAUUUCCUGUGAUAAUUGCAACGUGUGGUUCCAUGGAUGCAUCGGAAUAAGCAAAGAGCAAGGGGACCGAUACGACAAAUACUACUGCGACAGCUGUCGCCUCAAGAACCCCCAGUUGAAGCCCACCUUCCACAGCGAUCCACCUGGGCCCACCACUCCCGCUCCCAAGACAGAGGCUCCCAUUAUAAAAAUACCGAAGAUUCGUAUUUUAGAGAGCACCAAACGCCAACCCCCCUUCAGGAAAUCGAGUUCUAAAAAGCCAAAGACAUCAGCCAAAGUUCAAAAGAAGUGGGAGCCAACAAGAUUGGAACCAGAAGAAAAGGUUGAAGAAAAACCAGUUGACACCAAACCAGUUAAGACAUCCAAGUCAGUCGCUAAUGCCAAGAAGAUAGACCCUGUGCCAGUUGAGAAAUCCUACGUAUCGAUGGGAACGCAAUGCGAUCUGAUCCGGGAGUUGGUCGAGCAAACCUCAAAUUCAUUGGGGAAUCCCCUCAAAGACAGAGGCAUCUGCUACAAUUUCUGUUGCACUCAGAUCGCACGACCUCAGUCUAGAUAUUGCAGUGAUGAGUGUGGCACAUUUAAGGCGUUGACAGACGCUUUCUCGGUGCUACCCCCAAAUAAUGGCAGUGAUGGUUUCAAAACCAAAGAUUUGAUGGUUCAGUCCAACUUGCAUUCGAAAAGUCAACUCGAAAAGAAUAAUAGUUCAACUAAAAACUCACAGCCAACUGAGCCAGAAAAGAAGAGUGAAAACAAGUCUGAUACUAAGACCAGAAGAAAGUCGCGUUAUCAUAGUCCCAGCAAAUCGACGAGUCACAAUAGCUCAGUCAAGAAACCAAAGCUCGAGGAAAAACCAGCUAGUUCCGAAUCAUCCGCAGAUUCUAAAAAAGAAUCUGCUAAUACUCCUCAGGCUAGGAAACCACCAAAACGGAGAAGUACAAUACUAAUUUCUCCAAUAAUAAUGAAGCCAAAACCUGUGAAAAGCAGGAAAGGAAGGAAAGAUGGAACCCAAUAACAGCGCUUUGUUGGCCAGAAAAGGAUGAUUACCACACUAUGGAA